AUGGCCGGGAGAGUUGAAAAAACUGCGAUUGGAAUUGAUCUUGGAACAACAUACUCUUGUGUGGCAGCCUGGUUUGAUAAGCACAAUCGUGUUGAGAUCAUUCCUAAUCAACAAGGUAACAAAAUUACUCCUUCAUGUGUUGCGUGGGAUGGUAUGCAAAUGUUAGUAGGUGAAGCUGCAAAAAAUCAAAUCACCAGGAACCCUAAAAACACUGUUUUCGAUGUUAAACGUUUGAUGGGAGCUAGAUUCAGUGAUGGUGUAGUGCAGCAAGACAUUGAAACUAGACCUUUUGAGGUGAUUGAAGGCUCUGGAGAUAAACCAAUCAUCGUAUUUGAACAUGAGUCAAACGAAAAGAAGUUUUCACCAGAAGAAAUAUCUUCGAUGAUUCUAAGAAACUUGAAAGAGGCUGCUGAAGCAUUUCUUGGAACAACGGUUACUGAUGCCGUGAUAACCGUUCCUGCGUAUUUUAAUGACAAGCAACGUCAGGCGACAAUGGAUGCUGGUGUGUUGGCGGGCCUUAAUGUCUUGCGCUUGAUUAAUGAGCCAACAUCAGCAGCAAUCGCGUACGGUCUAGACAAGAAGGUUGAGGCAAACUGUCCUGGAGAGAAAAAUGUGUUUAUAUUUGAUUUGGGUGGUGGAACCUUUGAUGUGUCUCUUCUCAAGAUCAACAAGGCUGGUACAAUUACUGUUAAAGCAGUGGGUGGUGAUACUCACUUGGGUGGGGAAAAUUUUGACAAGUUGAUGGUGAAUCAUUGUGUUGAAAUCUUUUUGAAGAAAGAAAAAAAAGAUGUGAGUGAGAAUGCAAGAGCAAAGAUGAGGUUAAAAGUUGCCUGUGAGAAAGCGAAGAGAGAUUUGUCAUCAACAAUACAAACACCAAUUGAAAUCGAUUGCUUGUACGAGGGAAUUGACUUCUCAACUAAAUUCAGCAGGGCAAAAUUCGAGGAGAUUAAUGCUGGUUUCUUUAACAUGUGCAUUAAGCAUGUGGCGACCUGUCUGAGAGAUGGAAAUAUGCAAAAGUGCGAUAUUGAUGAUGUGGUUAUUGUCGGUGGGUCGACAAGGAUUCCCAAAGUGCAACAAAUGCUGACGGAGUUCUUUGAUGGAAAACCAACUUGCAAGAGCAUUAACGCGGAUGAAGCUGUGGCAUGUGGUGCUGCGGUGUUGGCUGCAAACUUAAGUGGUUAUGGGAACCAAAAGGUGAAGGAUUUUGUGCUAUUAGAUGUGACCCCUCUUUCUCUUGGCAUCAGGGUUAGUCGUGAGAUUGACAUGAGUGUUCUGAUCCCCAAGAACACACCCAUACCCACCAUCAAGGAGGGGAUCUAUCAUACAUCCGUGGACAACCAAGUAUCUGUUCCAUUUAAUGUAUAUCAGGGCGAGGGCAAGUAUACCAAAGAAAACAUCUUUCUUGACACUUUUAGCCUUGAUGGCGUUCCAGCAGCCCCUAAAGGUGUAGAAAAGAUCAAGGUUUGCUUUAACAUGGAUGCAAAUGGUAUUCUUUGA